AUGCCUACAAGCGGUGUCGUCCUUGUUGCACCAGUCGAUGUCGAUCGUAUCGAGGCACCCGUGACGUUCAAGGCCUACUUGAUCUGCGCGUUUGCUGCCUUCGGUGGCAUCUUCUUUGGUUACGACUCUGGCUAUGUCAAUGGUGUGAUGGGAAUGAGAUCCUUCAUUCACCAGUUUACAGGCAUACCGUAUCCCGGGCCCGAAGCUUCUGUCCAAGAGAUGGGCAAUUUUGUCAUUCCUGCGUGGAGGCAGUCUCUGAUUGUUUCCAUAUUAUCUGCUGGGACGUUUACUGGUGCCGUCGUGGCUGGGGAUAUUGCGGACUUUGUUGGGCGCCGAAAUACCAUCAUAGCGGGAUGUAUCAUAUUUUCCGUUGGCGUUGUCCUUCAAGUGGCUGCUGCCGCUUAUGGGCUCCUUGUCGCGGGCCGUCUCAUCUCUGGUCUGGGUGUUGGGUUCGUCUCGGCAAUCAUCAUCCUCUACAUGUCUGAAAUCGCGCCACGGAAGGUCAGAGGAGCCAUGGUCAGCGGCUAUCAGUUUUGCAUCACUGUUGGUAUUCUCCUGGCCAGCUGCGUGGUAUACGGUACUCAAAAUUACACCACUUCUGCAUCGUACCGUAUCCCAAUUGCCAUGCAAUGGGUAUGGGCCCUCAUUCUUGGUUUCGGGCUGGCUUUCCUGCCCGAGUCACCUAGGUACUUCGUGAAGCGCGGGAAUCUGGAAAAGGCCACAAGGAGCUUGGCAAGACUCCGAGGACAGCCAGAGAGCUCGGAAUAUAUCCAACAAGAACUCGCAGAGAUCAUCGCAAAUCACGAGUACGAGAUGAAAACAAUCGGAAACACGGACGGAUAUGUUCAAAGCUGGCUCAACUGCUUCAAAGGCUCGAUCCGCAAUCCAGGCUCCAAUCUCCGCCGUACUCUGCUCGGUACAUCGGCUCAAAUGAUGCAGCAGUGGACUGGUAUCAAUUUCAUCUUUUAUUUCGGCACAGUUUUCUUCCAAAGUUUAGGCUCAAUCAGGAACCCAUUCCUCAUGUCCCUGAUCACCACUCUAGUCAACGUUUGCUCCACACCAAUUUCUUUCUGGACAGUUGAGCGGUUUGGACGCCGCCCGCUGUUGAUCUGGGGUGCUGCUGGCAUGGUCAUCUGUCAAUUUAUCAUCGCUAUAGUCGGGACUGUUGAUGGCGGCAAUCAGGCCACCGUCCGAGCCGAGAUCGCCUUCAUCUGCGUCUAUAUCUUCUUCUUUGCCUCCACUUGGGGUCCCGGCGCCUGGGUGGUUGUAGGGGAAAUGUUCCCACUUCCCAUCCGGUCCCGAGGCGUGGCAAUGUCAGUGGCGUCCAACUGGUUCUGGAACUGCAUCAUCGCCGUCAUCACACCUUACAUGGUCAACCCCGACCAAGGGAAUCUGGGCGCCAAGGUGUUCUUCGUCUGGGGUGCGCUCUGCUGCGGCUGCUUUUGGUGGGCAUACUUCCUCGUUUACGAGACCAAGGGUCUCUCUCUUGAGCAAGUAGACCGCAUGCUCGAGGAAACCACGCCUCGGAAAUCGUCCAGAUGGGUCCCGACCACCACUUUUGCUGCCCAAAUGGGUGUCAAUGAGAAAGGAGAACUCGCUCAAGAGCUCGUGGAGAAUUUUCAACGCAAGGGCUCCAUAUAUUGA